UUCGCAGAUAUCUACAUGGAGGAUGGACUCAUCAAGCAGAUCGGUGAGAACCUGAUCGUCCCCGGCGGGGUGAAGACCAUCGAUGCUCAUAACCGCAUGGUGAUGCCGGGAGGUAUCGAUGUCCACACUCGCUUCCAGAUGCCCGACCGAGGCAUGACGGCAGCCGACGACUUUAAUCAGGGCACCAGGGCGGCAGUGGCAGGAGGAACCACCAUGAUCAUCGACCACGUGGUUCCUGAGCCCGGGACCAGCCUGAUCGCGGCGUUUAAUCAGUGGCGUCAGUGGGCCGACAGUAAGUCGUGCUGUGAUUACUCGCUCCACGUCGACAUCAUCGAGUGGCACAAAGGCAUCGCAGAGGAAAUGGAGAUGCUCGUCAAGGAACAUGGUGUUAACUCUUUCCUGGUCUACCUGGCCUACAAGGACUUCUAUCAGCUGACCGACUCUCAGAUCUACGAGGUGUUCAGCGUGAUCCGGGACCUCGGAGCCAUCGCACAGGUCCACGCUGAGAACGGAGACAUCAUCGCAGAGGAGCAGCGUCGAAUCCUGGACUUGGGGAUCACCGGACCAGAGGGACACGUGCUGAGCCGUCCAGAGGAGGUGGAGGCCGAGGCAGUGAACCGCUCCAUCACAGUGGCCAAUCAGACCAACUGUCCUCUUUACAUCACCAAAGUGAUGAGCAAGAGUGCAGCUGAUGUCAUCGCCCAGGCCAGGAAGAAAGGUACCGUGGUGUACGGGGAGCCAAUCACGGCCAGUCUUGGCACAGACGGCUCGCACUAUUGGAGCAAAAACUGGGCCAAAGCUGCAGCAUACGUGACCUCUCCACCUCUGAGUCCGGAUCCCACUACGCCCGACUAUCUCAACUCCCUGCUGUCAUGCGGUGACCUCCAAGUGACAGGCAGCGCCCACUGUACCUUCAACACGGCACAGAGAGCUGUGGGCAAAGACAACUUCACCCUCAUCCCCGAGGGAACCAACGGCACAGAGGAGAGGAUGUCUAUCAUCUGGGACAAGUGUGUGGUCUCCGGGAAGAUGGAUGAGAACCAGUUUGUGGCGGUGACCAGCACGAACGCGGCGAAGAUCUUCAACCUGUACCCGCGUAAGGGCCGCAUCGCCGUGGGAUCAGACGCGGACCUGGUUCUGUGGGACCCCGACCUCACCAAGAUCAUCUCGGCCAAGGACCACAAUCUGGCGGUGGAGUACAACAUCUUCGAGGGCAUGGAGGUCCGUGGAGCUCCUCUGGUGGUCAUUAGCCAGGGGAGGAUCGUUGCAGAUGAGGGAACCCUGCACACCACCGAGGGCUCGGGGCGCUACGUGGCCCGUAAACCGUUUCCCGACUACGUCUACAAGAGGAUAAAAGCUCGCAGCAGGCUUGCCGAGUUGAGGGGCGUUCCUCGUGGCCUGUACGAUGGGCCAGUGUGUGAGGUCACCAUCACCCCCAAGGCUAUGACUCCUGCUUCUUCAACCAAAACGUCUCCGUCCAAGCAGCAGGGACAGCCGGUCAGGAACCUGCACCAGUCUGGAUUCAGCCUCUCUGGUGCUCAGGUUGACGAUAUGGUUCCACGCCGCAGCACUCAGCGCAUUGUUGCGCCCCCUGGUGGCAGGGCUAACAUCACCAGCUUGGGUUAGAGUUCUCGGCUUCCCGCAGGAGAUAUCAGGGGGUUGGAGAGCGUUUACAAGUGGAGGCGUUUCCAAUACCAACGCAAGGUCCAGAGAUGAGACUCUCCACUCCUGAAACCCACUAACCCUCCUUUAAUCUCAUAAUCCCCUACUUUUACCCUGAUUCCCUUCUCUACCCCAAGCCCUAAACCCUUAUCUGUAAACCUUAAACCCUAAACCCUCUCCUUGAGGAAAAAUUUUAGCUAAAAACAAGUAUUUGCCUCAUGUGAAGAUAAAAGGAAAAGAUUUAACACUCCAUAUUCGAGCACCUUGAUUGUAUGAUUUAGCAUUUUUUAUACUGUAUUUUUACCUAUCGUGUGUCAUUCGAUAUAUUUUUUUUCUUUAUUUAACACCUUUUUUUAUUGGAGGGGUCCAGAUUAUAGACUAAGCAGUUAUUGUUUACCAUUAUAACUUUAUUUAACAAGGUGAGUGGCAUAUAGAGUCCUAGCUUGGAGCACAUCCAGUGGCAUAAAGUUGUUUCUUUGUCAUUGUUGGGGAUUUAAUCUCAUUUACUGUAAGCACACUAACCUAAAGGAUCCCAUGCAGAAUCGGGACAAUGAAGUUCGACUAAGAUCCGAAAUGUAUUUCGGUAGUUUUUUUCUUAUAGAGACUAAAAACCGAUCAGGUUAAAACAUUAGGGCAGCGAAUCAAACGAAUCAAACUAAAAGCGAGUCUUCUCCAUUUAGUCACGUGAUCUGAAGAAAUCGAAUCCGUACGAGGGAGCGGCUUUAAUGCUUCAGCCGGCGUUCGUUGUGUGAUCGGUAGCUGAUUAAUUCGGUGGACGGUGCGAGGACAUUUUUGCGAUUAAUCGGGUUCCGGAAGACACGAAUCAGGAAGACACGAAUCAGGAAGGAGCGAAUCAGGAAGACGCAGAUAAAAAAUUAGGAAAUAACAGACAAAUGUCCUAUUUUUUUAGUUUGCAUCGUUCUAGAAUUGUAACUUCUCCCGUUCCUGUAGUUGAGAUUAUUCGAUUAUCGUGCUUCGUUUUUCAACGAAUAUUUCGCAGGUUCUGAUUUAUUAUUUGUUUUAUUAUUUUUUUUUUUACUUUUUUUUUAACAUAUUUAAAUUCUGCCGUUACUUUCUUUGCUAAUAUAGACACAGCAAUUUUUUUUAUGCAGACGGAAAUGAAAAUGUAAUAUCUUCUGAUUUCAGCUAACACUUUACGCCUGUGCCUAAAGUAACAGAAGUUUACUGAUCAUUUUAAACCUUUUUUUCCUUUAAAAAAAAAUAUAUAUAUAAAAUAAAAAAAAACAAAAACAAAAAAACAAGGCUAUAGACGUUGAAUAGCUGAAGUAAACCGAUGCAAAGGUGCCAGAUUAUAAUUUUUUUUUCUCAGGCCUUUUCUACGAGGGUCUUGUGUGUCGCAGUGCCAUCACAGGGGUUUCAGUGUCAGUGUUAGUGACGUAGUGCAAAAACGGAUCAUUUACAAUAAGGGACUUUCGCCACAUCGACUGAAAAAAAUAAUAAAGAAAGAAAAGUUGAUGAAGGGGUUGAGCCAUUUUUUUAAUGCAUUUAAUUUAAAUAUGGACCAUGUACAACAUCACAUAGUUGUAGUGUUGUGAAAAAAAGUCUUGCGCUUGAUCUUUGUAUAACUCAUUGGAUCCUGAGAAGAUCGAUUUUUUUUAUUUUUUUUUUAAUGUGUUGUUUUUCUCUCGUCUGUAAAAUUCUUGGCUCCUCUGUCACUCACCUUUUCUCCCCUUGACCACACACACACAUACACACAC